GUUGGACAUCCCUGGACAGUAGUGGAUAUUUGACUAUAGCUGCUGCCUGUCGCCGUUUCAUCACAUUCAUGUCCAGCUGUCAAUAGUAAGUUAGUUAAUUAUUAGAUUCUAAGUGAGAUUCUGAAUAAGAACACUGAGAAUGUUAAUUACCUCAGUGUGGUUUCACUGAGUUGAUGGUUGCAUGACACACAUCACACUGUGUUUUCUGUUAUAAACUGUAACUGAUGAUUGAAAGCUGCAGCUUCCCUGCAGUCUGAGUGACUCCAGUGAGAGACAUCUGUUGAGUCUGUUGAAGCUCAAACAUAAUGUUUUUCUGAAGCUAAAUAUUUGCUCCUGCACCGUCUGUGCCAACAGGACAGAAAACGGUACUUUCCAGGUUGUUAUUUACUGACACAAGGACUAUGAGAAUGAAAGUGAAAGCUUUUUGAGGCAGACUCAAUAAACAAACAACUUCAGCUCUCAUAAAAAGACUGAAGCUGACAGAAGCCUCACCACAAAAUACAUAACAUGGAUUGGAGCAUUUUGGGACGCUGGUUCGAAGAGAGUCGUUUAACAGAGGCACGACUGAACGUCUUCCCCAGGAUCUCAGCGCGGCAUAGACGUGGUGACUGCUCCACUCUGGAGCAGCUCCACCAGGAACUUGCUCGCUUGACACGUGAUCGGGGGGUGAGGGAGGAGAAGCGCUACGACCCCAAGGACCGCACACUCAAGUUUGUGGAAACAGAGGAUGAAUUAGACUUUCUGUAUGAAGGCUUUACAUCUCGUAGAGCUCUGAUGUCCUGUGGUCACGCUGUCACUCCCACAUCUCUGACCAACUGGUGUCUGAAGCAACUGGAUGAAGGUGAGAGCAGGUUCGUGUGUGGACAAACUGGCUGUAACGUAGAAUGGUCUUAUGAGGAGGUUUGUAAAAUGGCUCUACUGACCCCUGAAGAAAAGAAGCUCUUUGAAAAAGCCAGGAAGUCCAACUCUGUCAAAGCAAACACCAAAGCAUGUCCUGGAUGUGAAUGUCCUGUGCUGAAAACCGAUCUGUUCAAUCUCAAAGUUCACUGCACACUUUGCACCGUGAUCAGGAGACGGAGCUAUGACUUCUGCUGGCAGUGUCUGAAGGAGUGGAAGGGUCCUGAUCCACGUUCAGACCGCUGCGACAACGACGGCUGCUUCAACCAGUCGGUAAAAACACUGGAAACCUGCCCAGAAAUGCUGCUCAGGUCUGUGAAGUGUCCGUCCGUCCGAGCGUGUCCCACCUGUGGCAUCCUGCAGCAGCACUGGAAGGACGGCUGCAGAAACGUCACCUGUCCUCGCUGUAAGGACGAGUUCUGUUUCCUGUGUCUCAGUGUGGCAUGCGUCCAUCCGUGCAGCGUUGCUCCUCGACAGACGUCUGUACCUGUGUGGCAGAAGAAAUAAUGUUAACAAGCAGAUUAUGAGCGUCCACACAUUUAAAGCGUUACUCAUUUCCCACAUUUAAACGUAGCAACCGUUUAAUCGUUUGUUUCCUUGUGUCUGUUUAGUCCUUGUCAUUUCCAGUGUUGAUAUGUGUAUUGACUGUUUUGUUUGUCUUGUCACUUUAAAAAAUUGGAGUCACCUGACGAGUUACAGUAAACAUUGUGUCAGAUGCUGGUGAUAGAACGAAUACGCUGUAAUUACUGUAGCGUGUUUAGAGUUUAGAUUAGAAAAUGAUUCUUUUUCAAAUGCUAAACAGGUUUUUUCAUACUACUUUCCAUCCCACAAUAAAGAUGCUGAAUAUUCUAUCUACUCGGUAAGUUAUUUACUCACUUACCGAUUACUUUUACUCACCAAGUGUGAAGUGACUUCUCCAGAGAUUUGUAGUAAUGGUUCAUGCAGUAGCUCUAUUUGUAACAUGUACACAUAUCUGGUAAUUUUAUGUUGUUGGGUAUAAUAUUAUGUCGUUAUGUCUCACUCCAGGACACUUUUACAUGGGUUUAAAUCACUGCAUACCUAGUUAAAACAUGGACUAACUACCAAUACUAACUUUGUGGUAAAGACUAAAUGCACGACUCAUCGUUAUUUAUGUGCACAAUCAUUUCAAAAGAAUUGCAGGAAUUUCUCCCACACUGAAUGUGACCAGUCAUCCACAUCAGUGUGGCUCAUUUUAUGUAAACUCCAGGGUAGAACUGUGUGUGUGUGUGUGUGCCCCCAUUUCAGAAUUUCCUCCAACCUUUUUUUUUACUGGUUUAUUUUUUUUCAUCAUCACUGUGUGCCGGUCAAUAAAUGAACAAAAAACUCCAGUUCGGUGGGAUACUUCUAAAAUGUAUUAUUUCCAAAUUUAAAUAAAUGUGGUUAUGUA